UCCACAAUGUGACGUUUGAAGGCGGAAGUAAAUUCCCUCAAGUAGAAAUAUGGCAGCUCACAGGUGCAGUCGCUGUUCUUGGUUACUUCUUGUAUUUAUUUUUUCGUUUUACGUGUUGGCAGAGAGCGAAGAAGCUGCGCAGGCUAAUGACCAGCAUGCCAGCGUGGUUGAUAAUCCACAAACAGCCGCCGAAACAGGCAAGCAGCCGUCCGAGGAGAGGCUGUGGGAAGCGACCCAGGUUAACGAAGCAGUUCCCAUUGAUGCUGCUGCGCACAAACAGGACUUUCCUGUCCCUGGCUCGGUCCUGACACCAACCCCGCAGCUUAAAGACGACUUUAAGGAGGAGCUGGUCAUCAGACCGCUUCAAUCAGGAGAUAUUUAUGCUAGUUUCCAGUUCCGCACCGUGUGGGAAACAGAUUUCACCACAGGAAGUAAAGUGUCCCACUACAGGCUGUUCCCCAAAUCUCUGGGUCAGGUCAUCUCCAAGUUCUCAGUGAGAGAGCUGCACAUCUCCUUCACGCAGGGCUACUGGAGGACCAUGCAGUGGGGGCAGCCCUAUCUCCCAUCCCCUCCAGGAGCUGAGCUCUGGGUUUGGUUCCAGGACACAGUCACAGAUGUGGAUGCCACAUGGAAGGAGCUGACAAAUGUUUUGUCAGGCAUCUUCUGUGCUUCACUGAACUUCAUUGACUCCACCAACACUGUUCAGCCCAGCGCCUCCUUCAAACCCUUGGGAAUUGCCAACGGUACGGACCAUCGCUUCCUUCGCUAUGCCACCCUACCACGCGAAAUAGUCUGCACUGAAAAUCUGACACCCUGGAAGAAACUGUUGCCCUGUGGAUCCAAGGCUGGUCUGGCUGUGCUGUUGAAGUCUGAGAAACUCUUCCACAGCAGUUUCCAUUCCCAGGCUGUGCACAUAAGACCGGUGUGUCAGGACUGGCAGUGCAAAAGCACGUCCCUGGAGCUGAGGCAGACGCUGAAUGUGGUGUUCGACCUUCACACCUCUGGACAGGGCAAACAAGAGUGGUCUUUGUUUAAGAUGUUCUCUCGGACGCUGACAGAAGCCUGCCCGCUGGCCUCCUCCAGUAAAAUAUACAUCGACGUCACAGACAACCCUCAGGAGGAGCAGUUUGAGCUCAGUCCAGCCACUCCGCUGCUCAGCCAGGCAGUGGUGCUGGGGGACAGACGGACCUUUUCUGUCUACGACCUGACCCAACAAGUCACCUUUGGGACUGUGCGCUCACUUAAUGUGCUGAUCCGCUGGAAGUCCACACAGGGUGACAUGCUUCGGCCCUUGCUCCAUGCUGAGCGCUACGUGGCUGGAUACGGGCUGCAGACCGGCGAGAUCCACACCCUGAUGUACAACAACCACCCCUUCAGGUCUUUUCCUGUGCUGCUGCUAGACUCUGUGCCGUGGUAUCUGCGCCUCUACGUCCACACGCUGACCGUCACCAGCAAGGGAAAGGACAACAAGCCAAGUUACAUCCACUACCAGCCGUCUAAGGACCGAAUUCGGCCCCACCUGCUGGAGAUGCUGGUCCAGCUGCCUCCACACUCCGUCACUGAGGUCACAGUGCAGUUCGAGAGAGCUUUGCUCAAAUGGACCGAGUACACACCUGAUCCCAACCACGGGUUCUACGUCGGGUCUUCAGUUAUCAAUGCUCUUGUGCCAAGUACUGUAGCCAUGCAUACCAACAUCACUCAGGAGCAACCGCUGUUCAGCAAUUUUUUUCCGUGUAAAGAAGAGUCCAGCUACUUCAUGCGUGUCUACACGGAGCCUCUUUUGGUCAACCUGCCCACGCCAGACUUUAGCAUGCCUUACAAUGUCAUCUGUUUAACAUGCACUGUUGUGGCUGUGGGCUACGGAUCUCUUUACAACCUGCUGACCCGAAGCUUCCAGAUAGAAGAACCCAACCCGGGACUGGCCAAGCGGAUAGCUAAUGUUAUCCGCAAGAUGAGGGGUGUGCCGCCUCUCUGAGUCAGUGUCAGAGGGGCCCAUUAGCUUGUUACAGAAGGGGCUCUUCACAAAAUUAACAAACAACAGAAGCGUUCAGGGAAGAACUGAGUCAACCACUGGUAUGAAUGUACAUAAAAAGGGCAACGUGUUUUAUUUGUUGAUCUGUAAAUGUAAGAGAGUAAGAAAAGCACUGAUGAUAGUUAUAAAUGCUUUUGUUAAUGUUUGAAGGAAGAACAUUACAUUACAUAGCUACCAUAUUCCUGGCCUUUAACAUUAUUCUGAGUUUCUUAGUUUUUACCAUUGAGCUGCUGUUGUGUUGCUGACCUGCUGUUUGAUAUCUCGGUGCCAGCAGAGAUAAGGCAAAGUGACAUGUUGGGUUACAGCGACUUUUGUCACAAUGACAUUUUUUUCCUUUUUUAGCAACUCUCAGAUUGAAUGAUGAAACUUAGUUUGCCAUAGCCAAACAUCACAUUUCCAAACAUCACGAAGAAGCUUUCAACAACAGUA